CCCCCUCUUUUGCCGUGUCGUAAAGAAAUCGAUUAAGAGAGAGACAGAGACAGAGAAAGACUCAGAGAGAGUUCAGGGCUUCACCUAGAUUUCCUCUCUCUGUUUCUCUACGUAGAAAAGGCAAUGGCUUUCGCUUCGUUUCUUGGGAGAGUUCUCUUCGCCUCUGUUUUCAUACUCUCUGCUUACCAAGAGUUCAAUGAAUAUGGAGUAGAUGGGGGACCGGCAGCAAAGGCUCUCGGACCAAAGUUUGAUGUCUUUACAAAACGUGUUCAGUCUCAUGUUGCCAUCCAAGUGCCAGAUAUUGAAGUGAAACAUUUAGUUGCUGCAACUAUAGCACUGAAGGGCAUUGGGGGAAUCAUCUUUAUAUUUGGCAGCUCUCUUGGAGCCUAUCUUCUGCUUUUGCAUCAGCUGAUUGCUGCUCCGAUUGUAUAUGAUUUCUACAACUAUGACAGUGAGGAGAAAGAAUUUGCUCAACUUUUCAUCAAAUUUACUCAGAAUAUGGCUCUUUUUGGGGCUUUACUGUUUUUCAUAGGGAUGAAGAACUCUAUUCCGAGGAGACAAUCCAAGAAGAAGGUUCCUAAAACUAAAACUGUCUAGAAAGAACGCGUCGGUGGAGAAGACAUUACUGAUCACUAAGCUGGAGCCUAUUUGGUUCCUGGUUUGUUUUUGAAACUCAUUAUCUCAAUCUGCCAGGAUUCAGUUUCAUUGUGUAUGGUUUAGGACCCACAUUUUGUUUUGAACUCGUAGUGCACUGUUACCCUUUUAAUUCAAUGGGCUAUAUUGUUUCUUA